AUGGUCGCCAACAAGGACCUUGUGAACAACAAUACAUAUUUCUUGGAUCCACACCGACCAAGAACAAGACCUGAUCAGUUCACACCCCAUGACUCUGCUGGUCUGGGCGCUAGCGGAAAUGAUGAAGAGCCACAAGAUUCCCAUUUCGGGGAUGAGAUGUGGGUGUGGGACAGGUUACAGUCUCCCAGCUCUUCAGCAAAUUCCUUCAACGACUACCUUUCUUCCGAGAUGGCCCUUGACUUCCCUCACUCGGAGGGUUCCCGCACCACAGCCGAUGAUCUCUCCAUCAACACCCCAUCUCCCGCUGAAGAGCUUUUAGUUGACAAUUCGAGACCACCGCCUCUUGUCGAUACGGACAAGUUUGGCAGUGACUUGGCUUAUCCACACUACGAUAAAAGCCAAACACUUCUUAGGCCCAAGAAGCUAGUCAUCGGCAACCGUGUCUCAAAAACCCGUGUGGUAAAGGACAUCAACAAAACCAACCAGGUCAGGGAAGCUGGAGCUUGUAUCCGGUGCCGUAUCAAAAAGACACCAUGCUCAGCAAUCCAUUCAUGCGACAGCUGCAAAAAGGAUUACCCGCAGUUUUCUAAGACACCAGAGGUCUGCUGCAUUCAUAACGAUUUGGCGGCUGUUGCCAAAGACAACGCUUCUGGAAGAUUUGAAACUUUGAGCAGUAAGGAGGAAAUUGCUGUCAGGGAGUCACUCCGCUUAGGGAGUCCGAGGUUUCGCGAGACUCGCUUCACAGGCCAGGUCUUUUUCGAUCAAGACAUUUCCAAACUUGGCAUCCCCGCUGUCCUUGCGAACUACGAUUGCAAAGCUGGCAAUGCGCCUAGUGGAUGUACCUUCGAGAGAGAUUCUGAAAACCCUGCCCUGAAGCAAGAUAUGUUACUUCAAUGGGCCGGGCAAGCAUUGUCUCCGGUAGACGGCGACACUUUUGAGGGAGUCGUUGAGUCUUUCAUCAAAACCUUCAUCAAGUCUCAUGUUCUCAGUACUUUUUCUUCGCAUGCCCAGAUUAAGACGUUGCUAGAGAACGUGCACACUUUCAAGUGCAUGUACAAGAUCUGCCGCUCCCGGACACUUUGCUUCCUUCAAGACGGUGCCAGUCAAGCCCAGCUACUCCCCUUUCCAGCCCAAGUGCAAAUCCGAGGUAUCGCACGAAAGGCUCUCGAAGCCGCUGAGAGAGACAUCCUUGCAGAGCUUGACAAGUACAUCAAGACGCCGAAGCUCGAAAACAAAGAAAGACCGGCAAUCUGGGCCGUACUAUGGCAGCUCAUGCUCGUCUACCGGGACCUCUUGAGGAACACGAAGCCUUGUCUCAAUAACGCUGAGCCGCUUUUCAAUGCCGUAGCUGUAUUUUACGCGGCUUUCUUCCGAAACACCGGCGCACUCAAGUUUUACGAGGAGGGUAUGAAGGACAUUGGGCGACAGUACACGAAUCGGCAGGCUGAGCUCCACAAGGCCUUCAAUGAUGCCGUGAGCCGACGUGAUGUUUUUUACCAAACCAUCAUUUCCGGCGUUCAUGACAUAGACCAGCAUCUGAAGGGUCUCGUUGUGUCUCCUGAGAUGAAACUCCUGAGCCGGAUGGCUAAAAAGAAAACUGCCGCUGGAAAACGGGCCGCAGCUAAUGCUAAUGAUGAGGACGAGGUAAUGGAAGACUGA